AUGCCUCCGCAAAUAGUAUUCUUAAAGCUCUCUCCGACACAGACCAUUCCUCUUAAGAUAUUUAUUAACAAAUCAUUCCCCUCAUCAUCAUCGACUUCCUCAUCAUCGGCUUCUGCGUCUAAAUCAUUAGCAAUAAAUUCAAAGUCCCUAAUAACACUCCAUAAUGCUCCCAUAAAUUACUUCCAUAUCCGAUUGAGUGAUAACUAUCUCACGCGAGUACUUGAAGAUGUUCAACCCUGUUUGAACUUAAUUCUCUUUACGGCUCUGCUCGAUAAAAUUUACCCCAAGAAAUCAGGAACUAAUGAUACUUUGAGCUUCUCGUCAUCAUCAUCGUUAUUUAAUGAUCCAUUACUGGCAUUGACCACAGACAAUACAGGUUCUGGUAGUCAUUCUCAUUCCCCAUCCAAGUUCAAAUUCAAAUUAUGUGUGAGUCUUAAUCUUAUAAUCAAUCUUCGAAUACGGUUUAAUAAACUAUCUACUGCAGAUAUACUACAUUUACAAAAUAUAGGUAUUCUACUGGGAUCAAGUCCAAAGUUCAAAUUAAUGAAAAGAGAUCCUCAAUAUAGUCUACUAUUGAAAUCACAGCUGUUUAAACUGUCUACACAACAUAAUAAUAAGCAACAAGAUACUGAUCCUAUAAUACUAGUGGAGGAUGAAGAUCAAGAUAUAGUACCCAGUGAUCUGGACAAUUUGGAUAAUGUAGAAGAUAUAGAUCAAUCGGAUGAUAUGAAGAAAUCGAAAGAUGGAAUGUUUCGAGUCCCUUCUGAAGGAGGAGAUGACUUUUUACUUGUGUUAGAGCAAUUAAUACCCAAAUUAAAUAAUUCAGGUAUAUCAGUUAAUGAUAUAUAUGUAAGCGAUAAACCAACUGAGAAGGGUCAAUUGGCUAAUUCGUUGUGCGGAAAAUCAGUGAACGAAUUAGGGUUAAAGCAUGGAGAUCUCUUGUUUGUCAGUUAUGAGUCAGGAGAUGCGACUACAGCUUCUAAUAAUACGGGGCAAGGUUCAGUAACGGUUAAUUCAAUGAAUCAUGUAUCAAUUAAACCAAUCCUGAUACCAUCUUCAGGUCCAUUAACAUCCAUAAAUCAACUCCCAGUUGAUGACUAUUUGGAAAAGCAAGAUGGACUUAUUAAAAGACCCUUAACGAGAUUUUGUCAGCAUGGUGCUAAAGGUAUGUGUGAAUAUUGUUCACCAUUACCUCCAUGGGAUAAAGAAUAUCAUAAGAAAGAGAAUAUUAAACAUACAUCAUUUCAUGCUUAUCUUAAAGAGAUUAAUGAAGUUAAGAAUAAUAAAUUUAAUAAUAGUUCAUAUAUGGCUCCACUUGAUGAACCCAAUUAUAAGAUUGAUUUAAAUUGUAGUUCAGGAUCUCAUAAACCAUAUCCAAGAGGGAUAUGUUCUAAAUGUCAACCGAAUGCAAUUACUCUUCAACUUCAAAAGUUUAGAAUGGUAGAUCAUGUUGAAUUUGCUCAUUCAUCAAUUAUGGAUAAAUUCAUUAAUGUAUGGAGACAUACAGGAGUACAAAGAUUUGGAUAUUUAUAUGGUAGAUAUGAACCAUUUGAAAAAGUUCCAUUAGGUAUUAAGGCAGUAGUAGAAGCUAUUUAUGAACCACCUCAAUCAGGAGAAUUAGAUGGAAUUACAUUAUUACCAUGGGAAAAUGAAGCUCAAGUGGAUGAAAUAGCUGCCAAGUUAGGAUUAUAUAAAGUGGGAGUAACAUUUACUGAUUUAACUGAUAGUGGAUUAAAGGAUGGGACAGUAUUAUGUAAAAGACAUAAAGAUUCAUAUUUCUUAAGUAAUUUAGAAAUUUUAAUGGCUGGUAAAUUUCAAAUUAAUCAUCCUAAUAAAACUAAAUGGAGUUCAUCAGGACAAUUCUCUUCAAAAUUUGUUACCUGUGUAAUUAGUGGAGGAUUAAAGGGACAAAUUGAACCUCGAUCAUAUCAAGUAUCAAUUGAAGCCGAAUCAUUAAUUAAAGCCGAUAUAAUCACAGGUUCAACUCAACCUUCACAAGUUUAUGUUAAUUCCAAUAAUGAUACAAGAUAUGUUCCUGAUAUUAAGUAUCUGAAAUUAAAUGAAUAUGGACUUGAAGUUAAAUCAGAUGCAAAACCUACAUUUCCAGUAGAAUUUUUAUUGGUAUCAUUAACAGAUUCAUUCCCAUUAAAUCCUACCCCAUUAUUUAGUGCUGAUAAAUCAUCAUUCACUAUUGAAAAUAGAGAAUUUAUGGGAGAAUUACAGAAUUUACAUACAGCUUAUAAAUAUCUUAAUCAAGACUUUGAUCAAGAAUCAUUACUUAAUUUCCAUUUCAUUAUUUACUUAUUUAAAUCUAAUAUACUUGGACAUGAUGAAUUGGAGACAUUAAUUAAGUAUGUGGUCAAUAAGGAGUACACUGACUAUUUGCAAUUGAUUGAGAGUCCAGGAUGGAUGACACUUCUUACGAUACUUGAACAGAGUAACUAA